GCGGAGGGGAGAAAGCAAAGCGCCUUUCAGGUGUCCGUCCUGAGCGGGAGCCUCAUUGCGACUAUAAUAACAAGCCGCCUUGUCGUGCCGUGCUCUGAGAUGCUGCACGAGGAGCUGCUGAGGCGGUCUGCUGGUGUUUGAUCGCUGCCUGGCCUGCCAGACUGAGUGAGUUGAGUUGCUUCCUAUAAUAUAUGGGCGAUAUCAACCUCAAGUUCAUAUUCGCCAACUAUGACGGCAAGGCCCUCGAAAGACCAUUCGCGGUCAGUCAGAGGGACGACACACACACACACACACAGACAGCUGGCCGGCAUUGGAUUGGGGAGUGUUGUGUGUGAUGUGUGUGUGAUGUUCAGGCAUCCACUUUGGUCAGGGACAUUAAGAGGACGCUCCUUGCAGAGCACUGGCCACCAGGUGGGUGCCUCAAGACAAGACACGGAAAGAUGAUGGGGCUUCCUUCACAGUCUGAUGUGUGUUGUGUGUGGCCUGGUUGUCAUGUCUGACAGACAUUUCGAUAACGGUUGAGCAGGUGGACCGGUUACGUUUCUUCUGCGGAGGCAAAGAGCUGGAGGACGCCAAGUCAUUGCAGGGUGGGUGGGUGCAGAGGGCAGGCACUUCCGAGAGAGGGGGAGAACAGAAGUGUGAGUGUGCCCGUGUGAUCGUCUGUCUGUGUGUCUGACUCUGACCGACAGACCAGAAAGUGGCUGCUGCUGACUUCCCCACUGCAGUACACGUCAACACCGUCCUCAAGAGGCCAGGAGGAGGUCAGCACACACACAUCACACACACAUCACACACACCCACAGCCUCACCCACCCACCCACAUCAACAAUUCUCUCUGGCUGCCCUGCCCACAUCUGGUUUGUGUGUGGUUUCCUCUGUGUCGGUUGAUUGAUCGAUCAGGUCACUUGGCGGGGAAGCACUCGUGUCUGCAGUGCUCCAUCAUGUGACUGACUGAUGUGAGCACUCACACGCCCGCCCGCCUGGCCUGCUGCCUGGCCUGCAGGCCGUGUGGUUCCUGCCCUGCCCCCUUUCUGCACAGCCUCGCCCCCCUCACUGCCUCCCUCCCCCGCUCCCUCCCUCCAGUGACCUUCUGCCCCUCCCCGCCCACCCCACCUGCCCACCUGCUUGUCUGCCUGCCUGCCUGUGCCGCCCAUCGGUGCCCUUUUGGGCACGGCGCUGAUCGACUGACUGACUGACUGACAGAGACCUCUUAUUGACUCACUCACUGUCCCUUGCUGGAUUAUAUAGCUAUAUAGCUAAGAUGGGUCGCUGACUGCCAGACAUGACAUACGGACCAGACGGAUCGACGAGAAUGAGUGACUGAGUGAAUGCAUAUGAAUCAAUCAAUCAUGCGUUCAUACCAACUGCGUGGCUGGCAUGCGGUUUGUGCGUAUUUGUGUGUGUGCGUGUGUGUGUGUGUGUCUGUGUGUGUGUGUGUCGACUGACGUGAGAGUGUGUCCAUGUGCGCGUGCGCGCCUCUCUAACCUAAUUGACUGAAUCA